AGCCGUGGAGGGCAGUAUUACGCCGCGUUACGGCUGCACUGCGGAAAAUCUGACGGAAGAAGAAGAAGAAGAGGUUGCGCUUCCUGUAGGCGCUGCUACAGCAACGAAAAACGACAACAUCUCAAGCCGCAAAAGACUACAAAAGUCAUUUCGGCGAGGACACAACGCAACUUGGAAUCAAUUGAACAGCUUCCGAAAAGAUGUUGAGGAGAAAACCAACUCGUCUGGAGCUUAAGAUCGAUGACACGGACGAGUUUGAGAGCAUCAAGAAAGAGCUCGAGGCACGGAAACGGCAACGAGAAGAGGUGGAGUCGGGAGCCGGAGUGGGCGGGGACUCUGUGGGCAGCACUGACGUCAUUGAAACCCCGCCCAGCUGUACCGCUGCGUCGAGGGCGGAGCGAAUUGGCUACAAACCGCACCCCAAAGCCACCACCCUGCCCACCCUCUUUGGAAGUUUACAAUUUUCAUAAAUUCACUUGAGUUGCAAUUAGUCGACAUCACUAAGGCCUGAAUUGGAUGUACUUUGGGGUUUUUUUUAAGCCAUUAUCUUUCGGGAGCUGCUGCCGUAAUGGAGCUACAGCCCCGCGCUGUGAUCAACACGCAAAGGUUUGAUUUACGUCCUAAAUGCAGCAAUUGCUUUCUAAAAGCUUUCAUUAGUCGGCGGGACUAGCGACGUACGGAAAGGCGGCACCGGGUGGCCACUCUGUCCUCUCAAGACUCAUCACAUCAAGAAAUAACAUGAUUACUGAUUGUCUUUUCAAAGUUUUUUAAGAUUUGCUGAGAAACAAAAAGAAUAAAUACAAAUAAAAAGUAAAGCAUGAA